UUGUCUGUGCUCUGACGUCACGGCGGACCGCAGAGGAUUAUGGGUAGACAGCGGAAGUAAGAUGGCGGAGGUGACAGAUGAGGAGAAACCUGAUGUUGCUCCUCCAGUGUUUGUGUUUCAGAAAGAUAAAGCACAAAAGAGGUCAGCAGAGGGAUCCAGCACAGAGGAUGGAGAGGACUCUGAUAAAGAAGACUGCCGUUACAGUCCUGCUGCCAAAAGAGGAAGAAGAUGUCAUUCCGUUUCAAAGAAUAAUGUUUUCAAGCUACCCAGUUUCUGCCCAUCACCAACCGGAAACUCAGACUCAGAACCUGAAGAGAAGACUGUGGGGUUUCGCCUGAAGCCCCCGACUCUUAUCCAUGGUCAGGCACCGAGCACUGGUGUCCCCAGCCCGAAACCCAAAGAAGCCCAGCGCAGCAUCCUGAGACCUCCAGUGCUGCAGCCCCCUCCGGCCCGAUCCCCCCCUCAGAACAACACAAGCAGAAGCAGUUCAAACAGAGCAAAAAACCUCUCUGAUGGAGGAGCAGAAUGUGAAGGUAACUCAGAGACGCCUGCUGCUGGCUCACAGGAUAAUGACGUGUCUUUGGUAAAGAACAACAGCACUUUUGAGCACAAAACAGAAGACAAAACUGAAGGUGCCCCAGUUGAAGGCAGUUUUGUUUUUGGACAAAAUAUGAAGGACAGAGCAAAGGUGGCCAAUACCUGUGUCUUAUCUGAGAGUGGAGAUUGUCCUCUGGCUGAAAAUUCGGAGGAAACAAAUUACUUUUUGCAGUACAACUCUUCCAGUCCACAAAAACCUGAUAUCAGCAAUGCCAACAGCGUGAAGUUUGUCUUUGGGCAGAACAUGUCGGAUCGUGUCUUGGCACAGCCGAAAUUCAGCAGAGACCCUCAGCCAGAGAUGGGCCUGUUCAGCCAGAUUUCCUCCUCACAAGAUCAAACUGUGGAGAAGAGUGACACCAUGAAAGAGUCUCUGGAGGAGUCGGCGGCACGGCACGAAGCACACAAAGCCCAGAAGUGUUUAUUAGAGCGGGUGGAGGUCAGGACAGGAGAGGAGUCUGAGAGCAACGUGCUGCAGAUGCAGUGUAAGUUGUUUGUGUUUGAGAUGACGUCUCAGUCGUGGGUGGAGAGAGGAUGUGGAGUGCUCAGGCUCAAUGACAUCGCAUCCACUGAUGACGGCACCUUACAGUCCAGACUGGUCAUGCGGACUCAGGGGAGCCUUCGAGUGAUCCUCAACACUAAGCUUUGGCCUCAGAUGCAAGUGGAUAAAGCCAGUGAGAAGAGUCUCAGAAUAACCGCCAUGGACACAGAGGAGCAGGACGUCAAAGUCUUCCUCAUAUCUUCCAGCUCUAAGGACGGUGCGCAGCUCUUUGCAGCCCUGCACCAUCGUGUCCUGGCACUGCGGAGCACCAGCGGCCAGGAGUCUGACGUCCGUCCAGCCAUCCGCUUCAGUGAUGACGACGAGUCCCGCACGCCCCCCACUUCGGCUACGCCCGCUCCAGGUAAUCUGGAGGCAGGUGUGUGUCCAUCCACAGGAGACACAUAGUGAUGAGCCUGCUGCUGAUUUCUAUCCCACAAUGCCUCACUGCAGCCCUUUGAUCCGCUCAAAUACUAUGCAGGUGUUUUUUUCUCCAAAAUCCUUCAGGUGUACUGUAGUCUUGUGUUCAGCUGGUUUUAUUUAUUGCAUUUUAACAGCAAAAAAUCUCAUCUUUAGGACUGGACACGUAACACUCUUAAUGUCAUCAUAUUGAUGAAAAAGAGAGGCUCUUAGUGUUUUAGUAAACUACUUUUCCAUUCUAAACGUGAGACAUAAUUACUCCAUUUCCUGCUGAGAAACCAAACACAGAUGUUAGUGUGUCCCAUCUCAUCUUCCAUCACCGAUCUGCUCAGUUUCAGCCGCGGUGUUAAAAUGAUCCCUCACUUCCUCUCUUUAGAUCUCCGAAUGACUUCACUUGAGUCAUGUGGCAUUUAGUUUCCUCAUAAAGUGCUGUAGGUCAGUACAGUAUUAAAAGAGCGCUGAUCGUUCAUGUCUAAUAUCUUAUAAACAUUUCAGAAUCAGACGUUUCACACUGCAGCUUUAAGUGGACCUCAUUUAUUAUUCAUAUUAUGUCAAAUAAGUUUAGUCUCUUUAUUUAAAGGAAAAUUCA